GCUAUGCCUCUCCUGAAGCUGGUCCAGACCCUCGUACCCAAGCUCAUCAUGAAGGUAGACUUACUAAAUUAGAAGAAAUAGUAACUCAACAAACCACACUAUUAGAUAAUAUAGAAUUGCAACCUGUUCAAAAAUUGCCUAUUCACGAAGAAGGAUUUCUAGAUUUAGAUGUAGAAACCGCAAAGAAUAUGUUUAAAGUAGAUGGAGCCGAAUAUGCUUUCUUAACCUGGUUUAUAGAAGUUAAAGAGAUAGGUUUGGCCAGUGUAAUAUUAGGAGCAGAAAAUGAAGAUAAAGCUAUGCAGGAGGUGUUUUUACAAUGCCUAUUUCAGAAUUAUUCAGAAGAAGAAAUCAAUAAAACUAUAAAAUUGGCAGUAGAUGCUUAUAGAGCAUUCGAAAAUGAAGCUGGAAUGACUGAAAAGCGAGCACAAAGAAUAUUAAAUACAAUUGAUAAUUAUGAGUAUUUAAUAAGAGUAAAAUUCAUUCGAGACGAUACAGUAAUAUCAGUUGAGAAAACAAAAAAAGGCUUUAAAAUUAUUGACAAAUAUGAGCCUAUUCAUGAAUCAAAAAAAGCAGGUGGUAAAUAUGUCCGGGGUGGUCCAAAUGUUAUACUUACAAAGAAAAUGAAACUGGGCUUUUGGCUAGGAAUAGAUGAAAAAUUUCUGGUUAAAGAAGUCAGUAUACAAUCCGAUGUAGAAAGACUUGAUAAUGGAGCAUUUAACUGUAUAGCUCAACGACAAAAAAUAAAAGAUUGUGAGAAAAAAAUGCGUAUUCCAGAUGCUCGAGUACAAGAUGUAGCAGAGUUAGAAAAAAUUCUUAAACAACCGAUUAAAUUACUUGAUAUAACUCAUGGUACUAUAUUUAAUAGUGGAAAGUAUCGAUCAGGUAAAUAUGAAGAAAUCAGAAUGGUAGUUCAUAAUGGCCAUGCAUUUCCAAGAAACCAACACUUCUCAAGAGAUCGAAUGGUCAAAUAUUAUAAGGGUGAUAUAUGGAAAGCUAUCAGUAAUGCUCUCAGGGAACCUCAAGCAAUCUGGCUUAUAGGAGUAGAGUAUACGAGUCAAACAAUAUCCCAGUUUGUUCUAGAAGAUGGUUGCACAUUUAGAAUAUGGAAAAAGCAUACAGAAAUUAUAGAAGCAUGCAAACAACUGGUCAAUGAUACAAUAGAUUGGCAAUAUCAGGAAAGAAUAAUUAAUAAGGAAAAGAAAUUGAUUCUUUUAGAGUCUCUAAAAGUUGUUGAUUUAGCAGAGCAGCAUCCAAUAUCUGGAAAAAUAAAUGAAAAUAUAAGGCAAGCCUGUGUCGAGCAUGGGCAUGGUCAAAGAGAAUGUGCACCAUGGUUUAAUCGAUUUGGGCAUCCAACACAUCAUCUUGUCCAAGUUGCAGUAAAUGAAAAAUUGCACCAAGAUGGUAUUACUAGAUUUGCACAGGUAAAUUCCUUUAAGUUCACUUCUAACAUAUAUUCAGUAAUCCUAGUUUGGUAUAGAAAAUAUUUUGCUUGUCAUAGUGGAAAAGGAUGUGGGAAAGAAAAAGGAUGGGCACCUAUUGUACUUCUACGAUAUCUUUUUGAGGUUGGUAUUCUAGAAAGUGUGACUAUUGGAGAGGCAAUAAUUUCUCUUACUAAACAGACCAAA